AAUGUGGAUGGCAUUCGGCCGUUGUUCGAAUCGUUUUGUUGUGCGCAAUAACUGCGCAGCGUUGUUUGCCUCCAACACAGCUGCCUGCAUGUUUAUGGGUGUGCCUACGAAUGUUUAGUCUGAAGCUUCGUUCUGACUGAAUCUGCUUGUAGAAGUAGAUCUGCUGGCAUGAGUUACGCGAUGUCCACUGCAGUUGCAGUCACGGUUGGAGUGGUGCUGGUCUCAACAGCAGGUCUUCUGGGUUAUUAUUACUUCAACAGGAAAAGGAAACCACAGAUUACCCUGAUUAGUCCCUCUGAAAAAUACAAAUUGAGAUUAGUAGACAAAGAGAUCAUAAGCCACGAUACCCGCAGGUUUCGCUUCGCCCUGCCCAGUCCAGAGCAUGUUUUGGGAUUACCAGUAGGCAAGCAUGUUUAUCUCUCUGCCAGGAUUGAUGGGAAUUUGACUGUGCGUCCCUACACACCAGUGUCCAGCGACGAUGACAAAGGAUACGUUGACCUUGUUGUGAAGAUUUAUUUUAAGAAUGUGCACCCAAAGUUCCCAGAAGGGGGGAAGAUGUCCCAGUACUUGGAGAGUUUGAGGAUCGGAGAUGUGAUUGACUUCAGAGGUCCAGGAGGUUUGCUGGAGUACAAGGGGCAAGGUCAGUUUGCUAUACAGGCCGAUAAGAAAACCCCUGCUGAGACUAAGACUGUAAGAACGUUGGGUCUUAUAGCUGGAGGAACAGGCAUUACGCCAAUGUUACAGCUGAUUCGUGACAUCAUCAAAAAUCCAAGUGAUACAACGACAUGCAGCAUGCUGUUUGCCAACCAGACUGAGAAGGACAUUCUGCUGAAGGAUGAUCUGGAGGAGAUUCAGGCGAGGCAUCCGGAUCGCUUCAAACUCUGGUUCACAGUGGACCGGGCUCCUGCAGAUUGGGAGUACAGUCAGGGCUUCAUCAAUGCUGAGAUGAUUCAGGAGCACCUGCCUCCACCCAGUGAUGACUCUAUGAUCCUCAUGUGUGGUCCACCUCCCAUGAUCCAGUUUGCAUGUAAUCCCAACCUGGACAAACUGGGCUACCGGCAGAGCCAACGUUUCGUCUAUUAGACCGUUCUCAAUGCUCCGGGACAAGACUCCAAAGAAACUAAAUUGCACAAUUGUGUUUAAGCAAAUAUUGCAUUAUAAAUCUUCAUCAUAUAUAUAGGGAAUAUCUUUUUUAUUGACAGUAUAUAAUAGAUAUUAAAUGUUUAAGUUCUAGUCUGUCCGGAGGUAAUUGGUUCUUCAGAGUAAAAGCCUAUUAUUCUAACACGAUACAGAGACGGUCUGCUGUACCCUCAGGCUUUAUAUUGACUAUUGUGGCUUGAUGUGCUAUAAAAGCGCACUAUAAGAGGAUGAUACUACAAAAAAGCCCCAAUUUAAUGCACUAAAAAAGGUACAAGUGUGUUAAGACACCUGCUUGCUGAAUUUAAUGCAGAAUAUUACAAUUCAUGUGCCUGUGAAUUAUAAUCAUGCAGAAUAUUGUAAUUUACGUGCCUGUGAUGUGACUGACAUUCAUGUUUGAUGUAUGUAUGCAUUGUUAUGAGAUGCAUUUGCUGUCACUGAAGUAUUUUUGUAUGCAUGCUGCACUCCUAACUUAUGUUAACCAUAUUUGAAUUUAAAAAGCAAUACAAUUGUUUUAUAUGAAAUGCACUAAAGCAAGUGCUUAUUAAAGUGUUUUCACUGGCA